AUACAGUCGGUUUAAAUGUCAGUACUUUGUGGUAUUAGUCAUGUGUAUUCACACUUGGCCAAGCACAUGACUCAACCGUUCAAGUGACAGUAGGGGAAUGAAGAAACGUCGACAAAUAAAUACAUAAAAAAAAAAUAAUAAUAAAAAACAUACAUUACAACUGAGUGCAAGUAAGUGCAACUGAGCCACGACUACAGCACAAGCCAAAGACAGUCUAAAAAAAAUUGUAAAAGUUUUAAAAAAAAUAAAUUGUGGUAACCAGAUGCGUUGGUGGAUCAUCACGUGGGACUAAAAUUAGUUGUUUUUUAUUUACAUUUUUGUGAUAAAAAUAAUAAUGUCAGAAUUAUCACGUUCAAUUGCAAUUGAAUUGAUAUCUGGCUGGAGCACAAAAGAGGUGAUUGACAUUCUUCAAAAGAAUGACCUUGAAGACUGCUGUUCAGCUGUGCAAAAAAGACAAAUUGAUGGAGAUGAACUCUUGCACUUGACUGAAGGAAAAUUAGCACUAUGGAAACGAGAUUUAUCACGACCACAAAUACGAAAUUUAUGGAGUUUUGUCGAAAUGCUCAAUCAAACACCACAAAAAUUUGUAUCUCCAUCUGUAAUUUCACAACACCGAGAAGAGCCAACAAGUGAUUCUGGCUCUUGGGGUACAGAUUUCGAGGAUGAUGAUGAUGAAGACAGUGAAAAAUCAAAUAAUCAACAGCAACAUAAUCAAAAUGAUACUUCCUACAUUCCAGAAAGAAGUUUAAAUUUUCGUAAUAGCUUGUUGAUGUUUCAAAAACCUGAUAAAUUAAAUGAACAUUUAAAAUCAUCGGAAAAACAAGAAAAUAUACCUGAAACAAUUUACAAUAAUUGUGAUAAUAAUGAAACAAAUUAUCAAACUGAAAAUGCACAUAUGAAUUCCAAAGAUAAUGAUAAUAUUUCAUCAAAAAAAAAAUUAAAUACUUGUUCAUUAGUUAAAAAUUUAAGUAUUUCUUCAUCCUCUGUUUAUCAAGAGAUACAUACUGGAGUUCUACAAAAGCCUCAAGAUGUUAAAAAAAAUUUAAAAUCACCUGAAAAAUCUGAUGAACUACCACGUCCACCGACAAUGCUUACAAACUUUGAUCUCGUUGCAAAUUUACCAACAAAAGCUGAAGAAAGUGAAGAUGAAUACGAGCAAUUUGAUGAACAAAUAAUAAUAGAAAAUCAAAAAAAAUUUGCUAGUUGUAAUUCAAUUAAUGGAUCAAUUGAAAGUUUUGUUGGUUCAAAAACAGACAGUAGUGCUGACAGUAGAGAAAAAGACGAAGAAAUUUAUGAAUCAAUAACUGAAACACCAGAAGACACAGCGUAUCAUUGUCUUCCAAAUCAAUCGUCAUUCAUGAAAGAAUCACCUCCUCCAUUGCCAGCAAAACCACUUGUUCCAGUUGACGUAUCAACAAUGCCAAAGAAACUUAAUGAAAACGAACGUACACCUGAUAAAAAAUCAUCAAUGCUGGAUAUAAGAGCAACGAGACCUCUUCCACCACCACCAGAAAAACAGUCUUAUAUGGAUUGUUCAUGGUUUCACAAUGUCUCAAGAGAACAAGGAAUUGCAUUGAUCAAAGAACGACCAUUUAAUGGAUACUUUUUGCUUAGACCAUCAUCUUCAAAUCCAAAUAAUCCUUUGGCUCUUGUUCUUUGGUUUAAAGAUCGUGUGUACAAUGUCCCUGUUAGAAAAAGAUCUGAUAAUAGAUAUGCUUUAGGAUCACCAAAAGUCAAUGAACAAACAUUUUUAAGUAUUGAAGAUAUUGUUAAAUUUCAUUCACGUGAGGCGUUGAUGUUAAACAGUGGUGGUGUUCAAACUGGAAGCACCAAGCUCACUGAAACACCACCAGGAGGUGGAUACUUUAAAAAGUAA